AAACCCAUCCAUUUAUCUAUAAAACCCCCCCACACCCUUCUCCAUCCUCCUUGAGUUAAUCUAACUCUAUCUAGCUUUCUCAUCUCUCUCUAAAACUCUCUCUCUCUCUCUCUCUCUCUCUCUCUCGCUCUCGCUCUUUCCAUCUCUCUAAAACUCUCUCCAAAUAAAUCCAGAAGUCCUUUUUUGUUUCAAUCAAUCUCAGUUCCUCCAUUAAAGGGAUCAAUGGAUGUUAAAGGGAGAGGCCGCAGCUCCUCCAUUCAAAGCGAGGAAGAGAUCUCGGACCUCAGGAGGGGCCCCUGGACCGUCGAUGAGGACUUCACACUCAUCAAUUACAUUCAUCAUCACGGCGAGGGUCGCUGGAACUCCCUUGCUCGCUGCGCCGGUUUGAAACGAACUGGAAAGAGCUGCAGAUUAAGGUGGCUCAACUAUCUUCGCCCGGAUGUUCGACGUGGAAACAUCACCCUAGAGGAACAACUUUUGAUUCUUGACCUUCAUUCUCGUUGGGGAAACCGGUGGUCCAAAAUUGCACAACAUUUGCCGGGACGAACCGACAACGAGAUCAAAAACUACUGGAGAACCCGGGUCCAGAAGCACGCCAAGCAGCUCAAAUGUGACGUGAACAGCAAGCAAUUCAAGGACACCAUGCGUUACCUGUGGAUGCCGAGGUUGGUGGAGCGUAUUCAAGCCGCUGCCGGCGCGGCCGGGGCCACCAACAACGGAACAUCUUCCGUGGGCUCCGCCAACAAUAACAACCUGGACGUGAACUCCGGCCAAAUGGUCUUACCACCCUCCGGGAUUAUUGGCCAUGGAGGUGCUCAAGUUAUGAGCACUCCAAGUUACACCCCGGAGAAUUCUAGCACAGCAGCCUCGUCGGACUCAUUUGGGGCUCAGGUAUCGCCGGUAUCGGACUUGACUGCUGAUUAUUACAAUAUCCGGCCGGUGAAUAACAACCCCAGCCAAGAGUAUUUCCAGGCAGCCGGUCAGAUUGGUUACCCGGAUCAGACCUUAACAAGCCCGUCUGGGUACUUCAAUAAUGGAUUAGAUUUCCAAGCUAUGGAGCAGAACAACCAGUGGCUGGACGGCGGGGACCCAUCGGACAAUUUGUGGAAUGUUGAGGACAUCUGGUUUUUACAGGAGCAGCUCAACAACAACAACAUUUGAAAUGUGAAAAAUAAGGAAACAGAGUGAAAAUUACGUGUAGAAAAAAAAACAAAACAUGGGGGUAAAAGAGAAAAACACUCGAGAAAUUAGAAUAAUUAAUUUAGGAUACAUAUAGGUUUGUGAAACACAAGAGCUCUAAUUGUGGAUUAUUAUUUAGUUUGUAACUUGUACUCUCUUUUUUUUCUUUCUUUCUUUCUUUCUUUCAUUUGUACGUUCUACUUCUGGGGUGGGGAGAUUUGUAAUUUGAGAUCUUUUUCAAUCUCAUUCUUUAAAAUUGACAUUGUAGUGUCUCUUUUCUCUCUUUGG